AUGAUGUGGUCGUUUGUGGUGGCGGCGGCCGCGGUGGUGACGGCGCUAAAUGCGCGAGCCGAGCAGGUGUUGCUUCUCGAUACCACCACCGAAGCGACCCUUGGCUGGACACGCUUCCCUUACGGCGCUCAAGCAAGCACCCCCGGCUGGCUCGAGGAGUCCUACACUAACUUCGAGAAACAGAUCAACUGGCGAUCGUACGUGGUAUGUGACGUCGCCCAUCACAAUGUUAAUAACUGGCUCUGGACGCCAUUCAUCGAACGCAGGAAUGCCAAUCGUAUUUAUAUUGAAAUCAAGUUCACCAUAAGAGAUUGCUCAUUGUUUCCUGGUAAUGCCCUGAGCUGCAAAGAAACUUUUAGUUUGCUGUAUUACGAGUUCGACGUCGCCACGCGAGAGCAGCCUCCCUGGGAGCCAGAGAGCUACAAACUUGUAGGAAGAAUAGCUGCAGGUGAGGGUCGCUUCAAUACUAAUUCUGAAGUUGAUAUCAACACGGAGGUCAAAAGCAUUGCAGUCACUAAGAGGGGCGUGUAUUUCGCCUUCAGAGAUCAGGGUGCAUGUAUAUCAAUAUUGGCAGUGAAAGUCUACUACAUCACUUGUCCAGAAGUUACUGUUAACUUUGCGAGGUUUCCAGCCACACCAACUGGUCGUGAGGUUACAGUCAUUGAACAGGCCAAUGGUACUUGCGUGGAGAAUGCAGAGACAGCUCCAGGCGAGGUUCCUCCAGUUUAUUUAUGCAAGGGUGAUGGCAAGUGGACUUUGCCUAGUGGUUCAUGCAAAUGCCGUGCUGGAUUUGAACCUGACCUAAACAAUCAAGUGUGCAAUGAAUGUGCACCUGGAAAAUUUAAAUCUCACACUGGCGAUGACCCCUGCAUUACUUGCCCAGAUUAUUCUGAAUCUACAGCUUAUGCUGCUGCAGAGUGUAAAUGUGUACCAGGUUUUUAUAGAGCCAAAAAAGACCCUAAAAAUGUGCCCUGUACACAGCCACCUUCAGCACCAGUCAAUCUUACUGUCACAUUUGCAGACCAGUUUUCUAUUUCACUAGCUUGGCAACCACCACAUAAAACAGGAGGACGUAAUGAUAUAACUUACAGAGUAUUUUGUUCCAACUGUGGUCCUAGCAUUGAGUACAGACCAGCUGCAACUGGUUUAAACAACACCAGAGUUACUGUAAUGGGAUUGGACCCGGUCACUGAGUAUAAAUUCCAAGUUUAUGCUGAGAAUGGGGUGACUGAGCAAACCGGAGAAGAACCUAAAAAGGUUGAAAUUACUGCUGUAACAGAAGCGUCAGUUGUUAGUGUUGUCUCUAAAUUGCGCAUCCUGAGUGUAGAAAGUGACAAGCUAUCUUUAGCAUGGAACCCACCACCCAUAGAUCUCACUGAUCCUGAUGAUACAAUAGAAAGCUAUGAAGUGAAAUGUUUCCCUAAGGAUAAUAUGGAGAAAAGUGCAAAUGCCACCCUAAAAAUCUCUAAAGAACCUCAUGUCAUAAUAACGGGUCUGAAAAGAGAUACUGAAUAUGGUAUUAGAGUAAGAGCAAAAAUGAAGCGUGGUUGGGGUGAAUUCAGUGGUAUAGUCUAUGCACGCACUGGAUCUGUGCUGGAAACAACAUUUGUAGGUGAAGAGGAGGGAGCACAGGUGCGAUUAGUAGCUGGUGUGAUGGUUGCAGUAGUCGUACUGUCGGUCGUUGCAAUUAUUGCUACUGUACUAUUUCUACGUUCACGAACAGAUGACGAAUGUGACAAAAAGCAACCCAGUGACUGUAAUGCACUUAACUAUAGAAAUGGAGAAGUGUACACUGGACCUGAGCGUCCUGCGAAGACUAGCAGUAACGCCACAACACCAUUGUUUGCUGGGACAGGCUCCAGAACUUAUAUUGACCCCCACACUUAUGAAGAUCCUAAUCAGGCAGUCAGGGAAUUUGCACGCGAAAUCGACGCUUCUUGUAUUACAAUAGAAGCAAUUAUUGGUGGCGGCGAAUUCGGAGAUGUGUGCCGAGGUAAACUUAAAUUACCAGCGAGUUGUGGUCAAGAGAUUGACGUGGCCAUUAAGACCCUAAAACCGGGCUCUACAGAACGCGCGAGACGUGAUUUUCUCGCUGAAGCGUCAAUAAUGGGACAAUUCGAACAUCCAAAUGUUAUUUUCUUACAAGGCGUCGUCACGAAAUGUAAUCCCAUCAUGAUCAUAACAGAAUUUAUGGAGAAUGGUUCUUUAGACACAUUCUUGAGAGCUAAUGAUGGCAAAUUCCGUGUUGUUCAAUUAGUUGGAAUGCUACGUGGCAUCGCGACUGGUAUGCAGUACCUUUCGGAAAUGAAUUAUAUUCAUCGUGAUCUGGCUGCUCGUAAUGUGCUUGUAAAUUCGCAACUCGUAUGUAAAAUCGCUGACUUUGGUUUGUCACGCGAAAUUGAGUCAACUGCAGAUGGCGCAUAUACUACGCGUGGCGGAAAAAUCCCCGUACGAUGGACUGCACCGGAGGCCAUUGCUUUCAGAAAGUUCACCUCAGCUAGCGACGUAUGGUCUAUGGGCAUUGUGUGCUGGGAAGUUAUGAGCUUUGGUGAACGACCUUAUUGGAACUGGAGUAACCAAGAUGUGAUUAAGUCCAUAGAGAAAGGAUACAGACUACCCGCUCCAAUGGACUGUCCUGAGGCAGUUUACCAGUUGAUGCUUGACUGUUGGCAGAAAGAGCGUACCCACCGUCCUUCGUUCGCGAGCAUAGUGAAAACUUUAGAUAAACUGAUCCGCUGUCCUGAUACACUGAGAAAAAUAGCACAGAAUCGCUCUGCAGACCCAUUAGCGGGUGAUACUCCUGACUUGAUCCAGUUCUCAUCAGUAGAGGAAUGGUUAGAGUGCAUCAAGAUGUCGCGGUAUAUUGAAAAGUUCCGCGCGGCGGGCAUCCUGGACAUGGAUGCCGUGGUAGACCUGACAGUGCACCAGUUGGCCUCGCUCGGCGUCACGCUCGUCGGCCACCAGAAGAAGAUAAUGAACAGCGUGCAGAGUAUGCGCGCCCAGAUCCGUGGUAGUGGCCCGUAUGGGUUCCUGGUGUAA